AUGGAUCAAGUCAGAGAUGUCGAAGCAGAAUUCCACCACGCCUCUGACCUUGUUCAUUUUAUAAAGCAGGUUUUUGGCUCAAAAUUCAAGAUUGGCGUAGCAGGGUACCCUACAGGACAUCCAGAAGCAACAUCACUGGAACAGGAUUUACUAUACUUAAAAAAGAAGGUUGAUGAAGGUGCUGAUUUCAUACUUACUCAAAUGAUUUCCUCUGUGGAUGAAUAUUACACUUACUUAAAACACUGUUUUAAUCUGGGAGUUACGGUCCCAAUUAUUCCUGGGCUUUACUUAAUACAGUCCUUUGACAGCUUUAAAAAAUUCAUCUCGACAUGCCAAAUAAGCGUUCCAGCAAGAAUGUACCAAGAUUUUAAAAAGAUCCAAGACAUAAAUAAAGAGAAGCAGUAUGGACUUCGUCUUUUCCAAGAUCUAAUAAGAGGAUUACAGAAAACUUCAUACUGCGUCGGUAUUCACAUUUUCACAUUAAAUAGGGUCUCAUCAGUGCUAAAGUGUCUACCACAUGAAGAAUUAAACUCAGGCAUAUUAUAAUUUAAUGCAAAACCUUAUAAGAAUAAUGUAAAACAAAAAUGCAAAUGUUACAUGUCUGUACACUGAAACUUGUAACUCAGUAAAAGUAUCAGCAAAGAUUUGACUGAAAGAUUGAUAA